UACAUUUCAAGUUACGUUUUCUAAGACAUUACUGUAUUGAAAGUUAAUUUCAAAAUAUAAAUUAGUGUAUGGAAGAAUAACUUACCAAAAUUUGUGUACUUAUAUCAAAGAAUAUCGAUGUGAAUAGAAAUUGCUUGUUAAAAAUAAUAACAAACAAAAUGAAUUUUCUUCAGAAUAGUGCGAAUAGUGUCAUCAAUAAAUGUCCUGCCAUUAAAACGGAGUGGUUUACUAAAGAAUUCUUGUGUACUGGAAAGAUGAAAUACGUGAGUUUCGGAAUAUGUGGAUUAUUCGUUAUAAUAUUUAUAAUUGGUCUAAGCUUAGCAUUAAUUAUUGAUGAUUAUAACGGAAGCGAUGCUCUUGAUAAUGUACCACUUAUUGAUGGUCACAACGAUUUACCUUACAAUUUAUAUAGAUUGUUAGGCAACAACUUAGAUCAAUUUGAUUUUACCAAGAAUUUAUCCGACGACAAAUUAUGGGGUAAACGUGUAUGUGUUUCAUGCACCACAGAUUUGCCCCGGCUAAGAAAAGGAAAAGUGGGUGCACAAUUCUGGGCCGCAUAUGUUGAUUGCUCCUCGCAAUAUAAGGAUGCAGUUUCAUUAACCUUGAGACAAAUCGAUGUUAUUAAGAGAUUAAUUCAUAAAUAUCCGAAUGAUUUGCAAUUCGUAACGAAAGCUGAAGAUAUCACAGAUGCAUGGAGUAACAAAAAAAUUGGCUCCAUGAUCGGCGUUGAAGGUGGCCAUUCCAUUGAUUCCAGUUUAGCAGUGCUUCGACUCUAUUAUGAUCUUGGUGUGCGAUAUAUGACACUAACGCAUAUGUGUAACACUCCGUGGGCCGACGCAUCAACAGUGACAACUGGUGGUAUCAACAAUCUUACAGAUUUCGGAAGAGCUGUGGUUUAUGAAAUGAACCGAUUAGGAAUGUUAGUCGAUUUAUCACACGUAUCUCACAAUGUUAUGAGAGAGGUGCUUGCAAUAUCGAAAGCACCUAUUAUUUUUUCUCAUUCAUCCGUCUUUACCCUUUGUCACAAUAAUCGUAAUGUUCCUGACGAUGUCCUGUACACAGUUAAAAGAAAUAAUGGUAUCGUAAUGGUGAACUUUUAUUCGGAAUUUGUAAAUUGUAAUACCUCGAGAAAGGCAACUAUGCAAGAUGUUAUAGACCAUAUCAAUUAUAUUCGUAAUCUUAUCGGGCCGAAUCAUGUUGGUAUUGGUGCAGAUUACGAUGGAGUAAAUACAAUGCCAGAAGGUUUGGAAGACGUUUCUAAAUAUUCAGAUUUGUUUGAUCGCAUCUACGAUAGUUCAAAUUGGACCAAAGAUGAAAUGGAAAAAUUAGCUGGAAAGAAUUUAAUCCGUGUAUUAAAAGCAGCGGAAAAAGUAAGAGAUGAAAUGGCAGAAUCAGGACAUGUACGACAAGAUAUUUUAGCGCCAAAACAGAUUUAUCAAGCUCAAAUAAUGGAUCAUAUUCAACCAAAUAUGUGUUACACCUCAAAAGAAUGGAGUGAUUUUAAACCGAAUAAUUCAAAUCAAACAGUUUGAAUUAAAUUGGAACAAUAAG